AAGAGCGGUCGCAGAGAGCUCCUAACCCCGCCUCCCCCUCGUGCUUCUGCUUCCCCUUCCUCUGCCGGACGUCCUUUUGUCUCUGCAUAGCGCCGCUUCCCGAGAGGGUAUAAAAGAAAAGGGGCGAAACCAGCGAAGCUUCUUUGCGAGCCUCGUGAAUCUUCUCCCGGGGCCGUCCUGAUCCCUUAACUCACAUGACAUCAGAAUAGCUACCAGUGUAUUUUGGAACUUUCACAAGAUGUGAUACUUAUUUCAAUUUGUUUAUAGACUGGAAGAAAUAGGGAUACUUCACUGCCUUCAAACAAUGGGAAGCAUUAACUCCAAAAUAAGGUUUCCAUUUUCUCCAAGGAACAGUGUGAAAGACCACUAUAGAAAUGCAGAACAGAAAGCCUUCAAUCAAAAUUCUGUGCUGGGUGAUUUAUCAUUGGACAUAGACGUCAAUAGCCAUACAGAUUCACAGGAAACUGACAGCAGUGAUGAGGACACUGGAGACAUAUUUUACAGGUUUGUGAUUCUUCACGCUGAGGAUGAUAUAGAUGAAGCUGUUAGAGUCCAGGAGCUGCUGCAAAACCAAUUCUGUAUUAAACCAGGAAUCAUCUUUGCUGAAAUGCCUAGUGGUAGGCACCUGAUGGAAAACUUACAAGUUGCUAUGAAUGGCUCUGCAUGGACAAUUAUCUUGUUGACAGAAAACUUCCUCAGCGAACUUUGGUGUGAAUUCCAGGCUUAUGCUUGUCUGUUCAGUUCACUUACCAAGCCGCACAAGAGCAACACAGUCAUACCACUCAGGCCACGGAAUACUUCACUUCCACUGGAAAAGACUCCUCUUGUUCUCAGUGCCCUUAACGCACUAAAGGAAGAUAGUCCUGGUUUUGCUGCACAAGUAAAGAAAAUAUUCCAGGAGUCUAGCUAUAGGCAACAGCAAGCUGUUUGGAAAAAUAAAAAGGAUAAGGAAGAUGUACAAGAGUUGAUGGAAUGGUGAAGCUGUAGGCAAUUUACAGUAAAGCUGAAACAAAAGUCUUUGUAAUAAUUUGGUCCAUUUCUGCUUUGUGGAUUAUGCUGUGGACAUCUCCCAAGAACCGUUUGGGAUGGCAAUUUCUGAUUAGAUUCUCUGCAAGGUAUUAAUUUGUCAUCAUGUUCUGCUUCUACAACCCUGGCAGAAGAUCCUGAGAAGAGUGGGCACAGUUCAGUGGUACUCCUGCUUGUUGUAAAUAGGAGGUGCAGGUUUUUGUAGUUUCAGAAAGCUGGGAGAUCUGUUUUAUUGGACCCAGCGGAUGGGGGGAAGUGUGUGUAUGUAUAUGCUUCUCUGAAAUUGCUUGUAAAAUUGUCUGUUUCCAUA